CCGCCGCCGACGACGACCUCGACCUACCAGUCAAGACCUUUCACGACUUCGAGCCCUCUUCUCAGCCCCGCGCUGGAGAAUACCGCGAGACGAGCAAACACAACUCUCUGCUUGAUGAAUCCAUAGAAAGAAAAGAUACCCCGAGCACAGCCAUGGCUCGUUUCUCCAACCCUUUUGCCUUCACCCCUCUGCCUGUUAUCAUCCUAACGACAGUGACGUAUGUUGCUUUAUUUUCUGGCCUGCUCACCACCCACCUCACCGUUCCUGCUCAUCCCUCCAAGACCCCGUCCGGCACAAAUUUGACUCAAGCUUGGAUAGACCUCGAGACCAUUACUCGCUAUCAUCACCCCUACAAUAGCCAUGCCAACGAUGAUGUUCGGAAAUAUCUUCUAUCCCGUGUCAAGCAACAUGUGACCUCGAAAAACCUCACCGACCACCAGGUCCAGAUCAUAGACGACAACGUUUCCAACGUCACUUUCUCCGAAGGUAGCACUACCGUGUAUUUCGAGGGAACAAAUAUCAUCGUCGCCAUCCGAGGUUCCGAAGAUGGCGAGUCUUUUUAUUCCGCCAAUCGGGCUCCUGAAAAUGGGGGUGUGCUUGUCAAUGCCCAUUACGAUUCUGUUAGCACAGGCUAUGGUGCUACGGAUGAUGGUGUCGGUGUCGUUUCGGUGUUGCAACUGCUGUCAUACUUUACCGAGGAGGGUAAUUGGCCAAAAAGGACCGUCGUUCUUUUACUGAACAAUGGCGAGGAAGAUUUCCUGAAUGGCGCUAAAGCUUUCAUGCGGCAUCCUAUAUCCCAGGUUCCACAUACCUUCUUGAACCUCGAAGGUGCGGGUGCUGGGGGUCGCGCCACCCUCUUUAGGAGCACAGAUACCGAGGUGACCAGUUUCUACAAAGCAGCCAGCCGCCCUUUCGGUACAGUUGCGAGCAGUGACGGGUUCAAAAAACAUCUCAUUCGUAGCGAAACAGACUAUGUUGUCUUCAACGGCGAGCUCGGCCUACGGGGGCUUGAUGUCGCUUUCAUGGAACCUCGAGCCCGAUACCAUACCAUAGAGGACUCUACUAAAGAGACUUCACUUGAUUCCGUAUGGCAUAUGCUUUCGGCUUCUAUUGCUACCACUGCUGGCCUGGCGGACGAUACGAGCACCACAUUCAGCGGCACUGGUCAGCCUCGUUCGGAUGGCACGGUCGAUGCCGGCACAGGCAGUGAAGCAGUCUGGUUUGACAUGUUCGGCAGGGUGUUCGUCAUAUUCCGUCUCCACACUCUGUUUGCUCUAUGUGUGACCCUGCUUGUUGUAGCCCCAAUCACUCUGAUAGGUUUGACUGUGGGGCUAUCCAAAGCCGACAAGAACUUUCUCUUCGCUCGAAAACAAUAUGUACAUUCGCCUGAUGACGAUGAGCCUAUUCAACUCAACGGUUGGCGUGGCUUCUUCAGGUUCCCGAUUACGUUUGGCGUUUCAACUGCUAUUACUGUUGCAUUGGCUUUUCUUUUUCAGCGCGUCAAUCCGCAUAUCGUCUACAGUAGUCCAUUUGCUGUUUGGGCAUCAAUGUUUUCGGCAUGGUGCUUCUCCGCCUGGUUCCUCCUGCGCGGAGCAAGCGCUAUGCGACCUUCGGCGUUGCAGCGCAUGUACGCAUUGAUCUGGGUGUUCAUUGGGAGCUUUGCUCUAUUGAUUUUCACCACAAUCCUUGUCCAGAAUUUUCAAGUUGCUGGGGGCUAUUUUGCCUUGUUCUACUUUGCCAGCGUCUUCUUUGCACUCGUGUUAUCAUAUAUCGAGUUAUUUUGCGCCCCAAAGAAGUCCGCAUACGUUGCUCUAUGCGAUCAAGAAGAUUCACAAGCUCAACAUGCCGAUGCUUCAAGCAGGCCGCUUACCGGAAGCACGAGCGGUCCUCGUUCUGGAGAUCGCUCGCCCCUGAUGGACGAUGACGCCACGGAGACAACCUCACUCUUGCGAGGUGAUCGCCGCAGCUUCCGACGUUAUGACGGCCGACGACAAUCCACCAGUGAAGGGACCGACUCGGGCGAGCGAUCCGCAGAUCUGGGCCAUGCAUACCCUGGAGAGCAAAAGUGGAGUGGCAAGCUGCCAAACUGGCUGUGGAUAGUCCAGUUCCUUGCUAUCGCACCUAUAAACAUCGUUCUUGUGGGCCAAUUAGCGUUACUCACUACCUCUGGAUUGUACCAAACGCCAGCCGACGGUAGUCCCACCCUCUUCAUAUACCUUGCUUUCGCCGUGCUCACGACGCUUCUGGCCGUUCCCCUCGGACCCUUCAUCCAUCGUUUCACAUAUCACGUCCCGACCUUUCUAUUCUUUGUUUGCGUCGGCACGGUCAUCUACAAUCUCAUCGCAUUCCCCUUCUCCCGGGAGCACCGAUUGAAAGUUUACUUCCAGCAGCAGGUCGACUUAGAAAGCGGCAUGAAUACUGUCUCAUUAACGGGACUGGACGGCUACGUACAGGAUAUCAUCAACGAGCUGCCUAGCGCCCAAGGUCAGGAAAUUGAUUGCAGGAGUCCCCAUAAGAAGAGUCGCGCGGAACUGAAGAAAUGUGCGUGGCAAGGCCUGCCGGUACACGUCGCGCCGACACUCAUUCCAUUUGGCAACAAGACUACCCCCGAUUCCUGGCUAGAUUAUUCUAUUACUAGGAACAAAUCCGCCAAUGAGGCGUCCAUACGUCUUGUAGGGCAGAAUACAAGGGCGUGUCGCAUCAUGUUUGACACGCCGGCUACUAAUUUAGUUGUGGGUGGCGCUGUUUCAGACGACCCCCGCUUCAACGCAACAACGGGCAAGACAAGCGAAAUACGUCUUUGGCACAGGACCUGGUCCACGCCGUUCACCGUCAACUUUACAUGGGACGGCGAUGCGAAGUCUUCUGGAAGAGUCGUUUGUCUCUGGUCCGAUGCAAAUGCGAACGAUGUUCCGGCAUUUAACGAGGUACAGCACUACAUUCCGAAUUGGGCGGUGGCGACCAAAUAUUCAGAUGGUCUAGUAGAUAUUUCCAGGGCUUUUGUGGUAUGA